AUGCAUCUCGCAUGGUUCAUGCUUCUAUGGCUUCCUCUUGUCGCUGCCACCUCGGGCCGCAAUCUCCCCCGCCAAUACGAUGAUCCGUCGGGAUCGGACAUUGAUUGCAAACAGCUCUCGCUCACAGAGCCCCGCUGGUAUAUCUACGACCCGAGAUACACGCUGCACAAUUACUCGACCGGGGGCACGCACGGAGAUGCUGGGUUUGGGGCGUACAAUCUCGCAACAAACGAGACAUUCGAUUGCCUCGUCACCGACAUCAAUCUCACCGUGACUGGCAACGACAUCCAGUGGUACAAUUGCAGCAUCCCCAAUGCGCAAUUCAGCUUCGACUUGACUGCCCAAGUCUUGGGGCUCAGAGAAAGUUGGACCUGCGAUAACGCUCCAACGAUCAAAUUCUCCGGCAAUGGAACUGCUGCCAUACCCAUGGCGCUAGGCUGCGGGACCGACACGGAUUACUUCUGUCUAUAUGGAAACACGGAGAUCAGGGCGCAGCUGUUUUCGCCCCUGAACAUCAAUCCAUACGAGCCAUGGACGCCCAGGAUACCAUACGAGUAUCCGGAGCACUGCGUGGAGCGAUCCUAUUACCCGACGUGGGAAAUCAACGACCUCGUUUACGACCACGCAGCCGAGGAACCAUCCCUUUCCUUCAACCUGACGAACUUGUCAAAUGGGAACAAGCUCCCAUGCGCCACAAGUGCCAACGAGUCGGAGACGCGAGGCUCUUUCCACAAGGCUGUUUGGCUUGACUGCGGUCCUGAAGAAAGUUCUGGGGAGAUUGCCGAAGGCGGUGUUUCGGGCACCAAGAUCCUAUUCGACAGGGACUAUUCGCUGCUCGGUGUUCAGCAGACGUGGAGAUGCCUUGACAACGACACGGACGAGACCCAUAUCGUUUCACCAAGCAUCUUCAGCGGACUCGGAUAUGCUGUUUCGGGACUAAAUUGCACAAAUGCCGCGCCAUACGACGGUUCAAUAGACAGCAGUCCUGCGAAGUACACGUGCAGCCUUCCGGCGACAAACGUGCCCGGCUACCGGUCGGAUGACGUGCCCAAGAUCAUCCCGCACACGUCCUACACGCACAGCUGCACGAUCCACUCGAUGAACAACACAUCCAUGGUCCUGAAAGAGUACCACAUCGAGUCGCUCGAGGACGACCAGGCUCAGGGCUCCUUCACCAUCUUCAACCCCGGGCCCGGCGACGAGUACGGAAUCAGCAACAUCCCCGUUCUGGCCGACGGCGCCUGGCACGAAUGCGGCGGCGGGGCCCACUCCUUGCCAUGGCAGCUGCUGUCCUGCCAGUACCUGUACGAUCGCACCACCAACAAGAUUGGCUUCCAGUUGCAGUGGAACUGCGAUGACAGGGACCCCUACCACGCUCUCGUCUUCAGCGCGACGGCGGCCGGAGAGUUCCCCGAGGACCUGUGCAAGACGACGACCCAGGCCGACUCGACCGUCACGUCGUGUUCGCUCCCGGCGAAUUCCACGGGUGGGCAGCUCGAGAUCUCGGCUCUCAACUGGACGACGACGGGGAGCCCGAUGGAUCGAGGCCCUUUGCUGCCUUGGGUUUAG